CAAAUAAUCUCUCCCUGCCUGGGCAUCCACAACGACGACCAUCUCUCUCACCACUUCCACUUCCUCAUCAGCUUCGUCCUUUCGUGAAGCUCAUCUUUGUUGUCAACUUGAUACCUUCUUGACCUAUUCUUGUCCAUUUCGCAACCGUCAACAUGCGUGAAAUCGUUCACUUGCAGACUGGCCAAUGUGGCAAUCAAAUUGGUGCUGCCUUCUGGCAACAAAUCUCUGGAGAACAUGGACUUGAUGGUUCAGGAGUGUACAAUGGCACAUCCGACCUUCAGCUCGAACGUAUGAACGUCUACUUCAACGAGGCAUCCGGAAACAAAUAUGUCCCACGUGCCGUCCUUGUCGAUCUCGAACCCGGUACCAUGGACGCGGUUCGAGCUGGGCCUUUCGGUGCACUCUUCCGUCCCGACAACUUCGUCUUUGGCCAGAGUGGUGCUGGCAACAACUGGGCCAAGGGUCAUUACACUGAGGGUGCUGAGCUUGUUGACCAAGUUCUCGAUGUUGUUCGACGUGAAGCCGAGAGCUGCGACUGCCUGCAGGGUUUCCAGAUCACCCACUCCCUUGGUGGCGGUACUGGUGCGGGUAUGGGUACCUUGUUGAUCUCCAAGAUCAGAGAGGAAUUCCCAGACCGAAUGAUGGCUACCUUCUCCGUCGUGCCCUCUCCCAAAGUUUCGGACACCGUCGUUGAACCGUACAACGCUACCCUCUCAGUCCACCAAUUGGUUGAGAACUCUGACGAGACCUUCUGCAUUGACAACGAGGCUCUCUACGACAUCUGCAUGCGCACUCUCAAGCUCUCCAACCCCUCAUACGGCGACUUGAACCACCUCGUCUCCGCCGUCAUGUCCGGUGUCACUACUUGCUUGCGAUUCCCUGGUCAACUCAACUCCGACCUUCGAAAACUCGCCGUAAACAUGGUUCCUUUCCCGCGUCUCCAUUUCUUCAUGGUCGGCUUCGCACCUUUGACCAGCCGCGGUGCAUACUCUUUCCGUGCCGUCAGUGUGCCAGAACUCACUCAACAGAUGUUCGACCCUAAGAACAUGAUGGCUGCUUCCGACUUCAGAAACGGCCGCUACCUGACAUGCUCUGCUAUUUUCCGUGGCAAGGUCAGCAUGAAGGAGGUCGAGGACCAGAUGCGCAAUGUUCAGAACAAGAACAACAGCUACUUCGUCGAGUGGAUCCCCAACAAUGUCCAGACUGCUCUCUGCUCAAUUCCUCCGCGCGGUCUUAAGAUGUCAUCGACUUUCGUCGGCAACUCUACCUCGAUUCAAGAGCUCUUCAAGCGUGUUGGUGACCAAUUCACCGCCAUGUUCCGACGAAAGGCUUUCUUGCAUUGGUACACUGGUGAAGGUAUGGACGAGAUGGAGUUCACCGAGGCCGAGUCCAACAUGAACGACCUUGUCUCUGAAUAUCAACAAUACCAGGAUGCCAGCAUCUCAGAGGGCGAGGAAGAGUACGGUGAGGAGGAAGCUCCUUUGGAAGAGGAAGUGUAAAUGAAUCAAAUUGAUUCCAAGGGAAUCCUCCGUGGAGAUGAGUCUGGUUCGUGGUAUGUGCUCCAGCUAUGGACCACUAUUGGUUUUGUUUAGCCAAGCAUCCUCUUCUUUACUUCUCCAAAGCGAAGUACAGCACAGCAGGAGUUGAAAGACGAGGACUAUGACCAGGGAUGAUGUUAGUGUCAGGCAGGCAUGGCGCAAUUCUCAACUGCUUUAGUCUUGAGCGUCAGAUUUUAAUCGAAUGAAAGAACAAUGUCACAUUGUCAGUAA